AUGUUCACCUUUAUAUUCAUGUGUAUGUGGAUUUCACUAGGUGAUUCUAUGGCAGAUCCAAUAAAGCCACUUUUUGCAGAUAAAAGUGUAACUGAAGGUGAUACUGUUACUCUGUCCUGCAGCUACAAAGACUUCACCCAGAUGGUAGGGAACUUACACUGGUACCGGCAAUAUCCAAAAUCUAAACCAGAGUUCCUUCUUUACAUCUAUCCAGGUGGAUCUCUGAGUGAAAACAUCCCACCUGGUUUAUUUGCUGAUGUUCAUAAAGACAUUAAACAAGUGGAUCUGAGCAUCUCCUCUGCUGCAGUAUCAGACUCUGUAAUAUAUUACUGUGCUCUGCAGUCCACAGUGACAGGAAACCCAGCUGCACUGUACAAAAACUUCAACACAGUUAUGUUAUUCCAGCUGGAUUACCUAUUUUCCUCUCUCUCAUUUUUACACUUUACAAUGGGGACAGAAGCUGCUGACAGCAUUGAACCAGACCAACCCAGUUCAUCUUCAACAGAAGGAAGCAGCAUCACACUGUCCUGCACAUAUACAGGAUUACCAUAUAAUCUCCAGUGGUAUUAUCACAAACCUGGAUCAAAACCAGAGUUUAUGGGGCUGAUUAGACGAUCCACAAAAGAUGUCACUUAUGCUGAACCAACUGAUCCACGUCUGUCUAUUAAUCUUAAUACAGAAGAUAUGAAAGUGGAGCUGAAGAUCUCCUCUGCUGCUGUAACAGAUUCUGCACUGUGUUACUGCGCCAUGGAGCCCACAGUAACAGCAACUCCAGUCAUGCUGCACAAAAACUCUUUAAUGUGA